CAGGAAAAUACCUUAUUUGUAUGCGACACAUGCCAUCGGCAGUUCUCACGAUUUGAGCAUCUGAAGCGACACACUCAGACCCAUACUGAUACAAGAGCUAUCAAAUGCACCCACUGCAAUAGAAGAUUCAGUCGCAAAGAUGCAGCACAACGGCAUGAAAGGUUACAUGAACGCCAAGCACCCGAAAGCGUACAGAACUCAACUGCUUCGUCACUGCGCCGAACGUGUACGCCUUGUUCUAAAUCACGCAUCAAAUGCUCAGGAGGGACACCAUGCACUUACUGCGCCGUGAGGAAUUUUGUGUGCUCUUACCUGCCCCGGAAACGACGGGAACGUCAAAUCAUGCUCAGUACCUCUGAAGGGCAGGGUUCUGCAGGUGGAAGAACGGCAUCAACUGUGCAGUCGCCUGGUACUGUAGCCACGCCUGGGACCGCACUCGCUUGGCUUGAAACUUCGACGCGCCAACAAAACAUGACUUCUGCUGUUCAAGUCCAGACAAAUCUGGUACAAAAUGAUCAAUUUACCACUAACGACGGCCAAAGCUCGUCAAUGGAUAGCCAUCUUAGGCGUGAGCCCGAAAGGCCGACAAGUAUCGUUGUCUUAACGACAUGCCCCAUCUAGCAUCUGAAGUCGGUGAUGCAUCCGCAAUUGCUUCCCAGAGCCUCGAGACGCAAACACCGUUUCCAAUUCUCCCAGGAAUACAUGAGCAAACCUUACAGCAAGACCAUGUUUCUGCUUUGAUUGCUUCCAUGGCCUCAAACAAGCCAAGGAAAACACAAUCUUCGGGCAUUAGUGACAAUCCUGCGCUUUCCAGCACUCAAGCCACGCAUUAUUCAGACGGAGCGGGAUUCAGGGAAAGUCGAGCAGAGAGACACAUGCGUCAACGACGCGCUGCUUAUGCCGAAGACCAUGGGCCAAGUCCGGGCCAUCAGGUGCACACAUCGUGGCUGGAUGACCUAAAUGCCAAAGUCGCGGUAGCGAGCAGAAGUACCGGGACAUGCAGUGACGUUCCAGAUAGUAUCUUCGAGGAACUCAUGUCGAGAUUAGACUCACAUGCGACCAGCUCCCAUAUUCUUGCCGACUUUGUCGCGCACAAAGAAAGCCUGCUGGCGAAAAGUACCUUUACACUAUUUAUCAGCCUCUACUUCGAGCACUUUCAUCCGGUAAACCCUUUCAUUGACAGAUCACAUUUGUCUAUCCCCCUCUGGGGCUGGAGCUUGUGCCUAGCUACCGCUGCAAUUGGUUCUAAAUACUUUGGUUCUGAAGAAGUCAAUCGCUUUGGAGAUUGCUUAUGCUGUAUCCUGCAUGAGCUCAUGGCAAGAGAAGCCCGGAUCCUGGCAUCAGUUGGGCUCUGUCAAAGUCGCCAACCGGAGCUACUCAGAUGCGGAUACAACGCCUCAGCCAUGGCAGCACAAGCAUGUCUUCGGCUUCGCUUACUGAGUGAGGAUGACAAUAUCGGCUCCUAUGAGGAUGAUCAGAGUCUGGAGCAGGAGUGGAUCACUUGGCGAUUUCGAGAGACACGAAGAAGGACGGGCCUUUUCGUUUGGUUAACGAGUUGCUACUUCGCUCUGGCUUCUGAGCAUCACCCGUGCUUAUUCCCCGACCAGCCUCAAGUUAGACUUCCAUGCCGCGAGGAAUUAUGGGCGGCUGAGUCCCCGCAGGCUUGGUCUACGGCAAGGUCAGAAGUUGGAGAUGCUGAUCCAAUAGCUUUCUCCGCCGAAGAAGCCUCACGACCGACAGUGCCUGAAGUUACAGUCGAGCUUUGGCGAGACUUGACGUCGAAGCAUUCGUCAAAUUCCUUUGCGACCAUCGUCAUCAUACACAUGCUGGUCCAUCGUAGAUGGAGCGCCAAUGAAUAUUUGGCUGACAUAAUUCGCGACAUACCAAAAACAAAUCUGUCAAACAUCUAUGUACCUGGGAGAAAGUACCUUGGUUCAGUGCCCGAGUACAUUAAGUGGCGCAACCAGUGCUGUGACUGUUUGGAUAUUCUACACUGGGAAGCACUCAGUCUAUCAGCCAAGGCAGAAGGACUUGAAGGGCCAGUACUACUGCAUCUCCAUCUAGCUCGCCUAUCACUUCUCACGCCGGUCCAAGACCUUUUUGCGUUCGCCCAUCAGAGUACUCUUUCGGGGACGGCUCACAUGACUCCAAGUAGUCUCUAUCGCCACGGCACUUCCAAGCUAGAUCCAAGACACACUGUCAAGAUCUGGGCGACUCAAGAUCGAUAUAAAGCUCGCCUCGCAGUGAUACAUGCUGGGGCUGUUCUGUGGCAUGUGAGGCGAUACUCAUCAGACUCAAUUCUUGAACCGUUUGCUCUCUUUCUUGCGGCACUGGUGCUCUGGGCCUAUGGGCAAACUUCCAACAUUCGAAAGCUUUAUGAGUCUGCGUGCACUAGAGCGCAGUCUCCAGUGAGCGAUAACGAGAACUCAGUGAUUUCCGCAACCACGACACAUGGCUCAGUAGAAAACCGUGCGAUGCACGAUUAUAUAUCAAGGAGGCGGCGAAUGCCAAGCACCAUGCAAUUGGAUAGGCCGAUGGAUGAUGAACUUGUUCAGUACUUCAUAAGAUUUGGGGAGGACCUACGUCUUCCACUUGAAGGAGUAGAUGAACUGUGUACAGCUGAGGGUCCGUUACAGAUACUGCAAGAGGUAUCAAGUCUACUGAUGGAACAGCACAAGCCUUGGGGUAUUUCUGAUACUUAUGCUAGAUUUCUACAAGACCUACAAAUGCCGCAGUGGCAAAUAUGAACGCACUAUGGACUGGGAGAGGAAUGGGCUUUUAAACUCGUCAGAAUGGAGCCAACAUGAUGUAUUCUAAAUUAG